AUGUCAAGACGAGGGCUCAUGCCCGCAUUCCUUUUUUCGAUACUCACCAUUCCCUCCUGCGCAUCGGAAAACAACGCCCUAAACAAUUUCUCGAAACGAGACCCCAAGAAAGCUACGCAGUCGCUGAGUUUUGAUGGUGGGUUUUGGUUCGCCGACGUGAAGGCCGGAGAUGGCUCAGGCAUGAAUCUGCUUGUCGACACCGGCUCGACAAACGUGGUUCUCAACGCGGGAAGAUACAAGCCGUCCAAACACUCGGUGAACACGAAUGAGCCUUUUGCCGUCGCCUAUGGAACGGCCGAGGGCAAUGGCACGGGGUCGGCGUUUAUCAACGGGACGCUCUAUCAGGACACGGUGACCCUUUCGGGUCUCGCGGUCGAGAAUCAGACCCUCGGCGUCGCCAACGCGUCCGACUCGUCGACGACCUAUCCUCACGACGGCAUCAUCGGAUUCGGGGCGCAACGCUUUGCAGCAGACAAUGCCACGUCCUGGUUCCACAAUCUCUGCGAGAACGACCUGGUGGAUGAGUGCCGUUUCGGGCUUGCACUGAGUGACGCCGCCUCUGGAUCGCUGGUGGUUGGCACACUCGGUAGCGGUUUGUUUGAUGGGAAUUUGACCACCACGCCAAUCGCCGAAGAGUGGUUCACGUAUGGUGACAUCGUCGUGGGAGGGCAAACGCUGGAAAAGGACGCCAUUGUCGAGUUCGACAGUGGCAGCGCCGCGGUUGUUGGCCCAACCGACGCCGUGACCGAGCUCUUCACCUCGCUCGGUGCCGUCGUCUCCACCGCAUCGACUCCUGACGGUCUUCUCUUGACGGCGCAAGUCUCCUGCUCGAUCAACGCCACGGUGGGGUUCCGCUUCCCGUCCAGCAAUGUCACCGCCACGGAUCAGAGCGUCACAGCCCAGACCUUCGACGUCGCCAUCGCCAGCCUGCUGGUUCCCUCGACAAACGCCUCGGAUCCGAACUGCACCGUUGCGCUGAUCGGACAGGACUUUGCGGACCUGCCGGGCUUGUGGGUGUUGGGCCAAUCUUUCUUUCAAGGCAAAUACAUUGAUCAUAACCUGGACGAUGGGACCAUCGGACUCGCCAAUUUGAAAGCCUCGCCCUCGAACUCAACGUCCGGUCCUUCUGGUUCUAAUUCCGGCAGCGGCAGUGGAGGUUCUUCCUCGACCAACUCCGCUGCUAGUCUUCGAGGUCCCGUCUAUCUGGUCUGCGGCCUGCUAAUAGCUUACUUUGGCUUUGGCUGGCCGAAAACCAUUCAGGACGCUCCUUGUGUCCAGAAACCCUUCCUAAGUCCCCUCAAUCUUCAACCUCCGGGGGGCGCAAAAAUGGUGAACAACUCUGUUGUCGUGCCCGUGGCGGUGCUCGCCGCCUUGUCGGUGGCAAUGUUCCUCUUCAUCUGCUGGUGGUUCCCUCGCCGCUACAAGAAGGGCGUGGAACAGGAGAUGAACAUUAUGGACAGCGAGCGGGCCGAGAGGGACGGAAUCCACGUCGACAUGGGCCAGGCACAGUUGGGCGAGGACGGCGCGCCGCGGAAGAAGACGCUCGAGGAACACAUUGCCAUCGCCCGGGAGCAGAUACGACGGGGCGGCCACAACCCAUCGACCACUCCAUAUUAA